GCUUCACAUCAAAGAUGGUGGCCAAAGUUAUUGAAAUGCGGAAGCCUAAACUACUUUUCUUGUCUUUAUGUAUUUAUGCUGUGUUUUCCACACUGGAGUGUCAUCAGUUAGAUACAGACAACACAACAGAGAAAAUCUCUGCAGAAAAAAUAGACAUUCAGCACAAUGUUGAAAAAGAUGUUCAUUCUGACACUACAUAUGACAGUGAAUUGAAAGUGGUUGCUGCUGACACUAGGUAUGACAGUGAAGUGAAAGUGGUUGCUGAUGAACCCGAAACAAAACCUGGUGCAAAAGCUGGCGUAGUGAAUGAAAAUGAAGAACCAGUGAAAGAUGGUUCAAAUCAAAUCGUAGAUCAGGAUGUACACAUACAAUCUGACAUUGCUCGUGAUGGCUAUGAAACUACAGAGGGAGAUAAAACAGACUCUUUAGCAGAGACUGAUAAAGUAGACUUAUCUACCGAGGCUGAUAUUCAGCAGUUAAUUUCUGAUAAAGCUGAUAUUUCCUUAAAUGUGAAUGAAUCUAAUGCAUCAGCCUCAAGUAAUGCAGAAGACAUUCCAGCAAAUACCACAUCAGAAUCAAAUUCAACUAUAGUUCAGUGGCUUAAGUACUUGUUUGACCCUAUUUUUGAUGAAUUUAGGGAAGGAGUAUCUUCAAAUAAAUCUAAUAGUUCAUCAGAAAAUGAAAUAAGCAGUAACUAUUCACAAGGUAAUGAAUCAGUAACUGUUAACCUCAAUGUUUCACAGUCAGCAGAAAUAGUGAAUACAACUGAAGAAAGUUCAACAAAUACGACAGAUAAUGCAAAGAAAGUUAAAUUUCAAUGCACUGGAAGAAAUGUUACUGAUAAUACAAAUGCAACUGUAAAUCUCAUUACAACUGCUCAACUUUUACAGUUGCUAAAUUUUGAGAAGAACAGCACAGAAGAAAAUGUGACAGAUUGUUUGCUAGUGAUGUUUUAUGCUCCUUGGUGUCAUUUUUGUGCUAAAACAGCCCCACAUUAUAAUGCACUUGCGAGGGCAUUCCCUCAACUAGACUUUGUUGCAGUUGACACGGCUCAGUUUAGCAAUUUACUGGCGAGGUUUGGAACCGUGUCUGUGCCGAAUAUCUUGGUGUUCCAUCAGUCGAGGGCUGCAGUAAAGUUCAACCAAACUGAGAGGACACUGGAAAACUUCAUCACCUUCGUCACCAAUACCACAGGCCUGGAAGCUAAUGCAACUGUGAACAUCACCGAGGCGGAUCACAUGGGUCCGGUCCCAAGUACGCCAACAAACGAGCCUGAUAACCUCCUCCUGAUCUCAUGGAUGUUUGUGAUUGUGUGUAGCUCAUACAUGUUCAUAAAGUCACACAAGGGCCAACAGUGGAUCAACAGGGUGUGCAUUCUGUGGCAGGAGCACCAGCAUAUAGACUGAGGAAAAUUCACGUUGGUCAGAGAAAAUAUGUUGGGUUUUAGUUUGUAAAAAAAAAAAUGGAAAGAGAAAAAGAACAUUUGAAAAAAUGGUUUGGCAAGAGCACCAGCACAUAGACUGAGGGAUCCUUUGUGAUUGUUGUUGGUGGGGGGAAAUAAGUUGAAAAGGUAAAAUAAUUAAGUUGAAAAGGUAAAAUAAAAAAAAUCAAUACGAAGGAAAGAAAAGUUGUUCUGAGGAAAUGGCUCAGCAGGACACUUGCAUACAGACAGGGAUUAACAGAUUAUGUGUUUACGAUAGAACAAAAUGGGGAUGGGAUGGUGGAUGAUUAGUGCAUUUAAAAAAUAUCUUUCAAUUUGAAUUAUAGAGGUUUGUUUGAAAAGGGGAGGAGAAGAAAUAACAUUCAUUUAAGAAAGAUUGUAUUGCCUAAAUGUGUGUAUGGAUGAUUUGAAUUGUUUUAUGGUUGUGACAGUUAAAGAGCUUAUUAUGAGAGUGAGAGUGGUCCAGUGGAAUAAAUGUCUACCUUUUACUCAUGAGGUUGUGGGUUUGAUCUCCCCCCAGGGUACUUUCUCAUGGUCUGUCAAAAUCGACACCAUCACUGGUUUUAACUCUGCUUUCGUCGCAAUCAAGCAAAACAAUAUUUCUUUAAACAAAAACAGAGUUUCAGGUCAGUCAUAAGCAAAGCCGAAAAAUAAGAAUUAGAUUUCAAUUUUUGGAAAGUAUUCAUGAACGUAUGAAAAUAUUAAAUAUUGUUUAUUUUUGUAUGUGCACUAUUUAAUGCAAUGUAUCAUAUAUGACAAUUCUAUAUAAUUUGUGUGAAAUUAGCGGUAAUGUGUACAAAAAAUGAUGAUAAAACUCUUCAUGAGAUUAAGGAGAGUAAAAAGUUAAACAUUGAAAUGUAAAUGCCCAAUAGAAAUCAACAAGAACAUAAUAAUUAAUGUAAGAAUGAAUUCCAAAUGGUUCUUUUAGAAUGAAUGUUCAUGCAUGCAUAUCUUGAUUUGCCAGGACUUGGCUCAAAUUCAAUGCUGGCAGUGAUAAUGUAUAUUUAUAUUUGUCCUUGUUCUAAUUUUAUCCUUUUUCAAAUGUUUUUCCAUGUAUGUGCAAUAAAAAGCAAGAGUCAGGAGUCA